AUAACACACAUACACACGCACACAUUACAGUUUGCCUUGAUUAUGAUUACCAUGUCUGUGCAUGAUUUUUACCGGGGGAUGUUUUAAUGAGACCGACUCAUACGCCUGUUGUUUUGGGUAUAGAGCAUAUGAUGUCCAGUUAUUUUUUUUUUUAUAUAGACACAAAGGAAAUGUAGAGAUGUGUAUGUGAGCGCAGGUGUUGUUUUGAAAAGCUGUUUUUGAGUAUAUAAGCAUGCAGGAGUGAGAUUGCAUCUACAAUAUGCAAUCCUAUAAACACUUGCAUAUAUACACACAUUUAUGGUAGGACUUAAAAACGUUUGUGUAUAGGUUUGAAUGUUUUUUGUGCAUACUCUAUAUGUGUUGCUUGAGUGAGCAUGUGUGUUUUUUUGCGAGCGUGUGUCUUUGUUUGUGAUUCUGUUCUUAAUAAUUCAUCCCCUGGCCUCCGCGCCUUUGUUUCUAACGUUUCUUCGCUCCGCCGUUGACUUUUUCCGCCGUUGGACUUCUUUUGUGCGUGAGAAAAGGGACCAGAAGGACUGGUUCAGGGGAAGUUAGUACGGCGUGUGGUGAGAAUGUGUGAAAUAUGUGCUGAACUGGACGUGGAGAGAGAUGCUGCUAAAUCUCGUCACUGGCCUCAUAUCGCUACCUGUGGAGGCUGGCAUCAGGGCCAGCUGAUGUCACAGCAGAUCUGAGGCAGCUGCAGUCGUAGACGCGCAGAAAUGCAGCUCAGCAUUGCACCUACAGUGGGUCGCAGGAGGAGAGGAAAUCCGGACAGCCAAGGUCUGCUAGGUGUGCUGAGUGUGUGUGCUACGUUACUGCAGUUAUGCGCUGGCUGUCCUUCAGAGUGUGUGUGUAACUCACUGGAAGCUAACUGCAGUGGGCGGAGUCUAGUAUCUGUGCCCGUUCUCACUUCUCUCCCGGAGGGCACACAUACCCUCCUUCUGGCCAAUAACCGCCUCUCCUCCCUUCCUGUCUCUGCCUUCGCCAACCUAAGCACCCUGGAGACACUCGACCUAUCCAAUAACUAUUUGGACAACCUGCCUUCCAGACUGUUUCGUGAGCUGAGUAACCUGAGUGAUUUGAGUUUGCGUAACAACAGCCUGACGGUUUUGGAUCGCGAGAUAUUUCGUGGCCUGACCCUGCUGCGGAGACUGGAUCUGUCUCUGAACGGAUUGGCCACUGUGCCCCUGGGCCUGCUGGAUGAGCUGCAAGGGCUGACCUGGCUCUCCUUGGCUGGUAACAGACUUCAUGCUCUGGAGAGAGCCACAUUUGAGCCUCUCGUCAACCUUCAGCACCUGGAGCUGGGCAUGAACCCCUGGGAGUGUGACUGCAACCUGAGAGACUUCAAACACUGGAUGGAGUGGCUAAUAUAUCGAGGUGGUUAUGUCGAUGCCGUUGAGUGUACACUUCCGAAGGACUUAAGGGGUCGUGACAUCAGGGGCGUUCCUGUGGAGAUGUUCAACUACUGUCUGCAAUUGGAAGAUGAGAAUGGGGGCGGGUCUGGGAGCACAAAGAGUGGAUCUCCACCUUGUUUUCGAGGGACAGCUGCUCCGUCGUCCGAAGUUGCAGUGGUGCGUACGGAGGCGGAGCUACCGGACUGUGUGAAGCAUCGUUAUCGGCCGGUCAGUGUUCGCAGGGCGAUCGGUACAGUAGUGAUCGCUGGUGUGGUCUGUGGAAUCGUGUGUAUCAUGAUGGUGGCUGCUGCAGCGUAUGGCUGCAUUUAUGCCUCUCUAAUGGCAAAAUACCAACGAGAGCUAAAGAAGAGGCAGCCGUUGAUGGGUGAUGCAGAGGCAGAAGCCGACAAUGAGGAGAAACAUAUUUCAUCAGUUGCAUAGGGUAAUGGGGGAGAGGGGUCAGAGUUCAGAAGUCAGCCACAAAUCUAAAGAACCCUUUACUGGUUGAGCUGCAAAUUUGAUGAUCAUUUAGCUGACCAGCGGAGGAUUCAUCAUCCCUGUUUCCUGUCUCUCUGUCCUUCCUGAGACCUUCUCUGACUCUCAUACUUACACUUUACUCAAUCUCUAAACUUUGGCCUAAGACCUUUGACCUAUUUGCCCCAGGACAAGAGGGACCACUCAGCACUUUAGAACUCCCCCACCCUCCUCCAGUGUUGAGAGGAUCUCAGCAGAGGAGGUGUGGAUGCAACUGUUCACAGUUCUGAACCCUGAUAUUUCUAGAGGAUCGUGUGCUGUCAUUAGCAUUAACCUCUGUAGCAGCCCAAUCAUCAACCCAAACCUCAGAAUCAUAAUUCUAAUCCCAACCCCAAUCCUAGACCUUUAACUCUAAUCCCAACCUCUCAAAACCAAUCCAAGCCCUCAACUCUAAUCUUAUCACUUCAAUACUAACCUCAACUCUUACCAUAACCAUCGCCUCUAACACAGUCUACACCGGGUCACACAUGCAAGUGGCACAACACAUCAAAAGCCAAUAACACUAUGACACAAUAUGAUCAAUGCUAUCUACAAUGGAUACAUUCUGAUUCAUUACACCAUAAACUGGUGCCCCAAUUUCUGACAUACUACAUGGGCUUGUCCAACUUCCCGAAAAAAUGACAAAUUGAUUUGGAAUGUUGACUUUAAAGUGUCCCAUGUAGACAGCCUCAAUCUCGUGUCAACCGAUGUGCUUGGUGUAGAAAUGGUGUAAUCAUAAACCUCCAACUCUACAACC